UUGGGUCCCAUUUGUCCUAGCUGGACCUUCGGCAAAAGUGUUGUUCAGUAAAGCUGUUUAAAAUUGCACUAAUGGCUUUUUGACUGAUGCGUUCUCCGACCAGUUUCCCAUUAUAGUAGAAGAAGCACCUUCAUGUUGGGGCUUAUGCUUUUUGUGGUCCAAUGAUCAUUUUAGAUUUCCAGCACAGUAGUUCCCACUUCCCGAUUUUGCCUUGCAAAUGCAGAGCUGCAAGUUUUUGGAGCAAAGAAGCUGCUCUAGAAUCCAACAUAAUUUCCCUGUGAUUGCUUCUUGUGUAUUGUCUUGAGCAAGUUUCGGCAGAUUUACCGUCAGUUACUGUCAGAUAAUGGAACACUUGACAACUUUCCAGGAAAAAUCUUCACAGUUUGGAUACAGGUAAUAGCAUUUGGAUUUCCCUUUUGGUAUCUUUCGCUUGCUUAUAUACGGUGUUUAAGUCAGAUGGACGUGACGCUAAUGCACGUCGGCAAUUCAUGUCAUCUACAUCCAAUUGGAAAAGUGUUACUUAUAUUAUGAGAAAAUACAGAUGUCUCAAUAAAGAAUUGUGGUUUUAAUUUGAAUCUCGGCACUGGUUUCCGGUUCGACGGCUAGUUCGAAAAACAUUGGUGUUUAUGCAUCAAAGCAGAUCCUCAGAUUUCUCUAAGCACCACUAAAGUUAUCGUACCACGCAUCCUACGGAGCAGAGAAAGAGGGUUAGAGAGAGAGAGAGAGAGAGAGAGAGAUGGCUCCCUACAUUCUUGCCCUUACUCUCCUUGCCCUCGUUUCUUCGCAAGCCAUUGCGUCUGAUCCUAGCCCACUCCAAGACUUCUGCGUGCGGGAUAAGAACUCCCCAAUAUUUGUAAAUGGGUUCGUGUGCAAGGACCCAAACCUCGCCACCCCUGAAGAUUUCUUCCUCCCUGGUCUCGACAAGCCUGGAAACACCAUGAACAAGGUCGGCUCCAGCGUGACUCUAGUCACCGCGGCGCAGCUCCCCGGCCUCAACACCCUCGGCAUCUCCUUAGCCCGCAUUGACUUCGGCCCCAACGGUCUAAACCCGCCCCACACCCACCCGCGCGCUACCGAGAUCCUCACCGUCGUUGAGGGCACUCUCUGUGUCGGAUUCGUCACCUCUAACCCUGACAACAAGCUCUUUGCGAAGGUGCUUAACAAGGGAGACGUGUUCGUAUUCCCCCAAGGACUUAUCCACUUCCAAUUUAACCCUGCAAUGAGCAACGCAAUCGCGUUAGCCGGUCUGAGCAGCCAGAACCCUGGUGUGAUCACUAUAGCCAAUGCAGUUUUCGGGGCGAAGCCGCCGAUUUCGGAUGAGGUUCUCGCCAAGGCGUUUCAGCUGGAUAAGAGUACUGUGGAUUGGCUCCAAGCGCAAUUCUGGGUGAACAACUAAAUUAAACAUCUAUUAAAGAUGUACUGUGUGUUACUUACUAGUUGAUGCUUGAUCUAAAUAAGCAAACAAUGUGUAUGUGUUUGCACAAAUGUUGCAAUAAUUAAGAUUGUUGUAUGGUUUACUUCUAUUUCAUAGUGUGAUGUAGUUUGUUGUUCCUUAAUUUAAGCUUUAAUUAAUGAAAACUCCGCGCUAACACGCAUGGAAUGA